CUUGCGUGCGGCGAAGCGUAGCAAAGCGACGAUGUACGUAGCAGCGCGACGCAACGCACCGUCGCUACUAGCUAGCAGCUAGCUAAUCAGAUAAAGAUGUCUGUGUUCGACUUAGCUCUAAUAGCAGAAGUAGAGUCACACCCAAAUAUUUACAAUCGUAAACUGCAGUGUUAUAGAGAUAGACGGCAAAGAGAUUCAGCUUGGCAAGAUGUUGCAACCAAGUUAAAUACGACAGUAAACGACUGCCAGCGCCGUUGGAAAGCGCUCAGAGACAAGUAUGGUCGCAUUCGUAAGAAGGAACAAAUAGAUUUUAACAACGGGGAAUAUUUUCCGUCUGAGUGGGAUCUGGCUGAAAAGUUAUCUUUUUUGGAAGAAUUUCGCGUCACAAGAGGUAUCAGCACAACUGCCAAUGAUGACACAACAAUGGACAUUCUUACAGACAAUGACAUACCCCCUUCAUUACACCCUAGUUUUGCGAAUAUGAAUAACUUUAACAAGCACCCAAAACUUGAAGCUGCACUUGCUAUAACAGAGGUAACAGGACAUGAUGACAGCCAAGCUGUUGGGGCCAAAUUUCUUGCCAAAAAACUCAAAGAUACAAGAGAUAUGAACGACGCCGAUGAACUUUUCUUUGCAAGCGUUUUGUGUGAGAUUAGUGGAUUGCCUCCGAAGAAAAAAGGAAAACUAAAAAUUGACAUAAUGAACUUGGUUCAUAAUGCGUUGUAUGAUGUCACAGAUGAUUAAUUGUACUAUUUGAUUAUUUUAUGAUGUAAUAAUGAAAACUUUGUGUUAAUAAUCGUUGAUUAUUUGCUUUGUGUUAUAAGUUUAUUGAAUAAACGUUUAAAU